GGUCACACAGAAGACAAGGGACGAAGCCGGCUUCCACACUCAACUCCUUACGACUUCUUCACUUAAAAAAUCAACCAACAGCACUCUUUGGGGUUUCAGCUUGCUAUAUAAGGAAGGUUGAAGAAAACCCCAAAAGCAAGAACAUUACCAGGAACAGGAGACGACGACCUCAUCUUUGAGGAGCAAAUAGAAGGCGGACCCACCCCCACCAUGUCCACUGUGAUGUGAUGCUGGGACUGAGCUCAUUCAUUGCCCUAGCUUAAGGUGGCAUUAGAAAGUCUUGUGCAGACCUGGAAGAGGCAAGCUGUUUUCUGCAUCUGGCUUUUUGAAUCUUCCUAAUUUUUCAUCUCUCUCCCAAACUCCCAUGAAGUUGAGACCGGAAAGUUGUCUUCUCUAACAUUUCCAGAGAAGGUAUUAAGUCAUGAUGCAGGAAUCUGCGACAGAGACAAUAAGCAACAGUUCAAUGAAUCACAAUGGAAUGAACACUCUGAACAGCCAAUUAGAUGCUGGCAGCAGAGAUGGAAGACCAGGCAGUGAUACGAGCAGUGAAGUAAGCACAGUAGAACUGCUGCAUCUGCAACAACAGCAGGCCCUUCAAGCCGCAAGACAACUUCUCUUACAGCAGCAAACAAGUGGAUUGAAAUCUCCUAAGGGCAGCGACAAACAGAGACCACUGCAGGUGCCGGUGUCAGUGGCCAUGAUGACCCCCCAGGUAAUCACCCCUCAGCAAAUGCAGCAGAUUCUUCAGCAGCAAGUAUUGUCUCCCCAGCAACUUCAGGCCCUUCUUCAACAGCAGCAAGCGGUCAUGUUGCAGCAGUCAAAAUGGUUUAUUCAGCAACAACUACAAGAGUUUUACAAGAAACAGCAAGAGCAGUUACAUCUUCAGCUUUUGCAGCAGCAGCAACAGCAGCAGCAGCAACAGCAGCAGCAGCAACAGCAGCAGCAACAGCAGCAGCAGCAGCAGCAGCAACAGCAGCAACAGCAGCAGCAACAGCAGCAGCAGCAGCAGCAGCACCCAGGAAAGCAAGCAAAAGAGCAGCAGCAGCAGCAGCAGCAGCAGUUAGCUGCCCAACAGCUUGUCUUCCAACAGCAGCUCCUCCAAAUGCAACAACUCCAGCAGCAGCAGCACCUGCUGAAUCUCCAGCGUCAGGGACUCAUUUCCCUUCCUUCAGGCCAGGCUGCUCUUCCUGUCCAGUCUCUGCCCCAAGCUGGCUUAAGUCCUGCUGAGAUUCAGCAGUUAUGGAAAGAAGUGACUGGCGUUCACACUAUGGAAGACAACGGCAUUAAACAUGGAGGGCUAGACCUCACUACUAACAAUUCUUCUUCUACUACCUCCUCCACCACUUCCAAAGCAUCACCACCAAUAACUCAUCAUUCCAUAGUGAAUGGACAGUCUUCGGUUCUAAACGCAAGGCGAGACAGCUCUUCACAUGAGGAGACUGGCGCUUCUCAUACCCUCUAUGGCCAUGGAGUUUGCAAAUGGCCUGGCUGUGAAAGCAUUUGUGAAGAUUUUGGACAGUUUUUAAAGCACCUUAACAACGAACACGCAUUGGAUGACAGAAGCACUGCUCAGUGCCGGGUUCAAAUGCAGGUGGUCCAACAGUUAGAAAUACAGCUUUCUAAAGAACGUGAGCGUCUUCAAGCAAUGAUGACCCACUUACACAUGCGACCCUCAGAGCCCAAACAAUCUCCAAAACCUCUAAAUCUGGUGUCUAGUGUCACCAUGUCGAAGAACAUGUUAGAGACUUCCCCACAGAGCUUACCUCAAACCCCUACCACCCCUACCGCCCCGGUCACUCCGAUUACCCAGGGACCCUCUGUAAUCACUCCCGCCAGUGUGCCCAGCGUCGGAGCCAUUCGAAGGCGACAUUCAGACAAAUACAACAUCCCCAUGUCAUCAGAAAUUGCACCCAACUACGAGUUUUAUAAAAAUGCAGAUGUCAGACCCCCCUUUACUUAUGCAACUCUCAUAAGGCAGGCUAUCAUGGAGUCAUCUGACAGGCAGUUAACACUUAAUGAAAUUUACAGCUGGUUUACACGGACAUUUGCUUACUUCAGGCGAAAUGCAGCCACUUGGAAGAAUGCAGUACGUCAUAAUCUUAGCCUGCACAAGUGUUUUGUUCGAGUAGAAAACGUUAAAGGAGCCGUCUGGACGGUAGAUGAAGCCGAGUACCAGAAGCGAAGGUCACAAAAGAUAACAGGGAGCCCAACAUUAGUGAAAAACAUCCCCACCAGUUUAGGCUAUGGAGCGGCUCUUAAUGCAAGCUUGCAGGCUGCACUGGCAGAGAGCAGUCUACCUUUGCUCAGUAACCCGGGAUUGAUAAAUAACGCUUCCAGUGGCUUACUGCAGGCAGUCCACGAAGACCUCAAUGGCUCGCUGGAACAUAUUGACAGUAACGGAAACAGCAGUCCUGGCUGCUCUCCUCAGCCUCACAUACAUUCGAUCCACGUCAAGGAAGAGCCUGUGAUUGCCGAGGACGAAGACUGCCCGAUGUCCUUAGUGACAACAGCAAACCACAGUCCAGAAUUAGAAGACGAGAGAGAGAUAGAAGAAGAGCCUUUAUCUGAAGAUCUGGAAUGAAAACAGACUUGAGAAACCUCAGAAUGAAGGGACAUGUCACUGACCUUCAGAACCACUCCACAACCAUGAAUAUUAGACGAGUUUUUACUGUGACUAUUUAUUAAGCAUGGAAAAAGGAGACGACCCUAAAGGAACUUGUUAAGCCAGCCCUUUUGGGACCCAAUACCAACAGGCAAAUUUGCUUGUUUUCUUCUUUUUUUAGAAAAACAAAAAAGACAAAAACUGAUUUUCUUGAAAAAAAAAAAAGAACUGUUCUUUCUAUAAUGGCUUUGCCCAUUUAAAAAAAAAUGUGGCUCUUAAGGGUUCAUGAAAUGACUGAAUAUGAGGAUCCACGUUCUGUAGAAAGCAAAUGCGCCUCAUAUACUGCCAAAAAUAGUGUUAGUUUCAUUAAUGUGAAUUUUCCAGCAUUCAGUAGUUGUAAUGUUAGAAACAAUUGCUGGUCAAGUUCAACUUGUUGCUAUUGUUUUUAAUUUGCACAGGAGUAGUAUCAGAAAUUAGUGUCACUGCUUGUAUCUAGCUGAAUUUGAAACAACAGAACAUUAGUUUUUUUUUUUUAUGUUGGUGCCACCAACUGUAAAUGACAUAAGUUAGUUAUUCCAAACCACAGUAAUUAGACUGUCGCAACCAUCUGAAACCCCUAAGAUUCCAGUCCGUGCUGUUAGUGUUAAGAUGUAAAGUGCAAUCCUAAGCUAACAUUGUCUGUGCAAGCACCAUAGAAACAUUUGCAUAUCUGCAUAGAUCUCACAACUGUACUCUUUACCUCCUUGUGAUAAAGCUUUGUCUACCUGCAAACACAGUCCAAGGCUACAGCUGUAAACCAAAGCCAACUCUAACAAUGGCCACUCUAGCUCCAGGACAGAAGCAGCCACAUGCUUUGAGCCUUCUGUAACUUUAAUUAGUACAAAGAAACCUUUCCACGAACUACCUGCUGUUUUUUGACGACCUCUGGGAUCUUUUCUGCUUAGUCCUCUACCAAGAAACAAAUAUGAAACAAGUCCAUCCAGUCAGUCACAAUGUAAUCUUCAGAGGCCAAAAGCCAGUCGAAAGGCAAUGGAGAGUUGCUUCCCUUUAAGACAGAGGUGAGAUCAAAGUCUGCAGUGGAAGUUAUGAUAGAAAGCAAGAAAUGUGGGUCACUGACCAAAACAAUUAUGCACUUGAUGCAAAUGCAGAUUGCAUAUUGUUAUAUAUGAUACAUUGUGUUUUUCUUCUUUCUCCCCAGUCAGCCAGUUCCUUUCUGUGGUGAAUACAUGUUGUUAGAAGAUGUCUUGUAUGGUCUUACUCUUUGUUGUGUACUAUUUUUUAUAGUCUUAAGUUAUAAUGAAAAAAAAAUAGUAGGAACCAAACAUAAAAGGUCUAGUAAAGCCAAAAAUUAAUUUCAUAUUGAUUUUAAAGUGAUCUAGCUGAGUUUUUACACUGAAAGCAAAGAUUAUAGCAAUUGUAGUCCAUGGUAUUUAUUUUCAGUCAAACCAAAGUUACAUAUAAUUCUGCCUCUGCUUAUACGGGAUACUAACACUAACAAUACACUCCCUUCGGAAGACUUGCACAGGCCAAAUUGUUGGAAUGCUGGUUUUCUCAACAACUCCAAACAUUCCCCGUCCCCUUCCCCCCGACCCCCCAGAAAAAGAGAGAUAACAAUAUGAUAAUGCGUUAUGGUGUAGUUGAAAAUAGCAUAGUCAGAUGUUUGCUUAAAACCUAGAAACUUUACGUGUUGCUUUUCAUGUGCUGUGCCAAGUCUUGAUAAUACUUUUUCCCCCAACCGAGGGACCUCAUAACCUGAUGAUGGUUAUUGCUUUACAAACAGUUUUUGACAGAAGGUGGCUGCUAGAGCUUUUCACCUACAUCCCAGUUCCAUAUGACGGAGCAGGGUCUUGCAAAGUAAGCUCCUCGUUUAUUCUUUGCUGGAGUCAGCAAAUAGACUUAAAGAGACACCCAGUCAUCUAUCACGCCAAAUAAAAGGACAUAACGGCUUUCAAAAGGGUUUUCCCACUUACCCAAAUGGCUUUCUGAAAGCUUCUACCUCUGCAAAAAAAAAAAAAAA